AUGGCCAGACACGAGGCAGCUGUUGGUGCAGGCAUCCUGCGAGUGAUGGUUCCACCCCACGCUAAGCCCUGCUGGGAGGCAGGCUCAGGAGAAGCUGUAGAAGGCCUUCGAGAGAGCGAUUAUCUUCUGAUUCAUUCAUGUCGGCAGUGGACAACAAUUACAGCUCACAGUCUGGAGGAGGGUCACUACGUCAUAGGGCCAAAGAUAGAAAUCCCCGUACAUUAUGCAGGGCAGUUUAAGCUGCUGGAACAAGACCGAGAUAUUAAGGAGCCAGUGCAGUAUUUUAACAGUGUGGAGGAGGUGGCUAAAGCAUUUCCUGAACGAGUUUACGUCAUGGAGGAAAUAACGUUCAACGUUAAGGUGGCUUCAGGUGAAUGCAAUGAAGACACUGAGGUUUACAACAUUACCCUUAGUACUGGGGAUGAGCUCACUUUAAUGGGGCAAGCAGAAAUCCUUUAUGCAAAAUCUUCUAAGGAGAAGUCACGACUGAACACCAUCUUCAAAAAAAUUGGGAAACUUAACUCAAUUAGUAAGCUAGGCAGAGGCAAAAUGCCCUGCCUCAUCUGCAUGAACCACAGGACCAACGAAAGCAUCAGCCUCCCUUUCCAGUGUAAGGGCAAGUUCAGCACCCGCAGCCCGCUGGAGGUGCAGAUGCAAGAAGGUGAGCACACGAUUCGCAAUAUAGUAGAAAAAACCAGGCUGCCCGUUAACGUGACUGUGCCGAGUCCUACACCAAGAAACCCUUAUGACCUCCAUUUUAUCCGCGAAGGGCACCGGUACAAGUUCGUCAACAUUCAAACCAAGACCGUGGUGGUGUGCUGCGUGCUUCGUGGCAACAAAAUUAUUCCCAUGCAUUUUCCUUUGCACUUGACCCUUCCGAAAUUCACUCUACCCGACAGUCUGGUGAAGGGGGAGCUGUGGCACGAAUCCCUCAUCCAGCACUGGUUUAAUAUAUGCCAGGAGCAGUUUGACAUAGAUGAGUAUUCCCGUGCCGUGCGAGAUGUGAAAACUGACUGGAACGAAGACUGCAAGAGCCCCAAGAAGAGCCGGUGCACGGGGCACAGCCACGUGCCCAACUCCCUCAGCUACGCCCGGGACGAGCUCACUCAGUCCUUCCACCGCCUCUCGGUGUGCGUCUAUGGAAACAACUUGCACGGGAACAGUGAAGUCAAUCUCCACGGCUGCAGGGACUUGUGUAACGAGUGGGCCCUCUUCUCUCACGACGCCCUUCAGUACCAGGAGUCUGGCGACAGCAGCAGUGAUUACCUUUUUCCUGAAGUUGGCGAAGAGUCGAUGUUUCUGCCUACAAAACCAGAGCUUCCUUACGAAGAGCUGUGGUUGGACCAAGGGUCUGGAAAGGCUGGUGACCAGCCUCUCACUCGCUCGCUAAGUGAGAAGAACAAAUGUGACAACUACAGAGGGUCUUUCCGAUCAAAGUGUGGUACCGCACCUCUUCCUGUGCCUGCGACUGUCGGAGCAACCACAAAGUCUUCAGAUGUUUCCCUACCUCCACCUCCAGUGCCUCCCAAAUCAGAAGCAGUAAAAGAGGAAUGCAGGCUCCUGAAUGCUCCCCCCGUCCCACCGCGGAGUUCGAAGCCAUCCUCCACCAGUCCUUCCAUCCCUCCUCGAACAGUCAAACCGGCACGACAGCAGACCCGCUCUCCCAGCCCGACUCUGUCCUACUACUCCUCGGGACUGCACAACAUCAAUGUCACAGAGAGCGACAACACCAACCCAACUGAGAGCACACCUGUUUCCUGCUACCCUUGUAACAUGGUGAAAACCGAAUCCAAAGAGCCUGAGAGCACGAUGCCUUUGGGAAGCCCCUCAACUGAAGCUCUGCCUUCGAGGUUAUCUUGGCCAAACCAUUUUUCGGGAACUGCUGAAGGCCAGAAUAGAAGUGAUUUCCUGCUUGAUCCAAGCAGGAGCUACAGUUACCCCAGACAGAAGACUCCAGGUACGCCAAAGAGAAACUGUCCAGCACCUUUGACUUUUGACUUCGAUGGGUGUGAGCUCCCGGCAGGGUACUCCCCGCUCACCCCAGCAGAGUUCACAAACACCAUCUCUAGCUGUCCAAAGUCGGCGAGUUACUCUCUAGACUGCACUGAUGAGAAAACUCUGGGAGUCAGCAACGCAAAGCAGAGCCAUUCGUGUCCUGCCUUACCUCCCCGGGCACCGAAGCCAAGUGAAGAGAAGACAGUUACAGACAUGAAUCCCUUGCCGCUGAAAAUAGAUGGUGCCGAGGAGGAGUCUAAAACUGGUUCUCCAGACCUCUUGGAAGAUCAGUUUCUCGUUAAAAAGGGCAUGCAGGAUACGUUCUCUGUGUCUUAUCCCUUCUCGUCUCCCCUCCACCUCCAGUUAGCACCAAGAUCUUGUGGGGAUGGCUCUCCCUGGCAGCCACCUACGGACCUUUCUGGACUCUCGAUAGAGGAAGUGUCUAAAUCGCUGAGGUUUAUUGGUCUGUCAGAGGACGUCAUAUCGUUUUUUGUUACAGAGAAGAUUGAUGGCAAUCUACUGGUUCAGCUUACAGAAGAAAUCCUGUCAGAAGACUUUAAGCUAAGCAAAUUGCAGGUGAAGAAAAUACUACAGUUCAUUAAUGGCUGGCGGCCCAAGAUGUGAUACUGACGACUGGUUAUUAGUGAAACUGUACGAGAUGUGCUCGAUGCACUUCAGCUAAUACAUCACUUCCUGUUUUUUGCACUAAAAGCCCUUCCUGUAAAUAGUAGUAGAAAAAUUCUUACUAUGCAGAUAAACAUUUUUGAGUGGUGGAUGGAUCUUUUUUUUUUUUUUUUGGUAUGUCAAUACUAAAGUUAGAGAAUCUGCAGAGGUGUGCCUUGUGCAUCCCUGAACGUUCAACAGCUGCUAAAAACUGGACACUAAGGGAACUUUUACUCCGUAGUCUGUCAAGACUUAGUCGUAUUUAUUACUGAACAAUUUGAUGCUGAAAGACACACACCAAUCCAGUUUACAGUUUUGUGUUAACGGCAAAAAAAAAAAAAUAUGUAUUUCUUACGGGAUUAUUUGUGUUCAAGUAAUAUUUGGCAAUAUGCUGUGACUUUCUUCUGUUUCUGUUAACAAGAGGCAUGUUCAGAUACACAAAAACAUCAUUUUGACACUACAUCUGAAAAUGUUAAGAAUUGCUGUGAAGUGCCACUAAUACACUAUUCUUGCAGCAUAUUUUUUAUUAACAGUAUCUUCCUGACUACCUGUAAUGGGUACACUUUCCACGGGAUUUUGGGCAAAAAGAGUUAAAUGUUUUUCAAAACAAGAGUCUUGCUCAGCUCAUUGCCCAGAGGGGAGGGAGAAGGGGGAUUUUCCUACUGAGCCACUCUGCCCUGGCCAAUUAAAAGUUUAUGACCUGUAGAUUUCAAAAGUUGCUUUUGUAGUCGGGUGGCUGGAGUGAGUAGCAUGACUUGUGGUCGUGCAGCUUUCUCAUGGGAAAGGCAGUCCAGUGCACAGACCCUUCUCUGGUCAGAUCCUGCUCAUGCAGCCCUUGCAAUAGCCUUGCUCUGGCGAAAGACAACCCCUUGUUCUUUCCUCUGCUGCUGUUACCAUCAUCUGAAAAUGUGCUUGAUGUGCUAUCCUGUGCCUGCAGUCGGAUCUGCGUGGGAAGGUGACAGUGCUCCUGCAGGAUGCCUUUGAAAUACAGCAUUAGGGAGGUGGGAACAGAAGCAGCACGUAAUGCGCUGGUGAGAAGGGGCCGAGGGAGGGUUUGGGCCGUGCCUUGGGAAGUUCUUGUGAUGUUUAAGUUCACCUAUCCCGUUUGCAGUGGAUGCAGGAGGACGUGGGGGUCGAAGUGGGAGGAACCGUAGCAUCGUAAGAUGUGCUAAUUCAGUUGCUCAGCUGCAAAAACUCACUGCAAUAGAUGUCACAUUAGGCAGCAGUCAAAAAGGAGCACAGAGAUGGGAAGGGGACAUUAGGCUGCCCCUGGAGACCUUUCAUAUUUAACUGCUCAGAAGGCUAGAAACAGGAUUACCUUUUGCUAGUCCAUUGCUGAUUUCCUGUGCUUGGCAGAGCUCUCCGAAAUGUGUCUAAAUAACCUCAAGAUCCUCUGCGUUUGUAGCACUGAAUGCAGGGAUUCAGGAUACACACUGUGGUGUCCAUCCUCAGCAACUGUGUGGGAUCCUCAGGUGGUCAGAGCCAGGGAUGCUGGAGCAGCUUCACCUGCUGCUGAGCAGAGCCCUGGCCAGGAUGACACCAUCACAAAAAAUCUCUCUUUUUCCAUUGUAGGGCACAAAGCUGGAGCAUCACAAGGACAUACAGAGGAGGGACAAAAAUUGAGAGGCUGCUUUUGCCUGUUUUCUGAACCAUAUUGACUCAUUAAAAAGAAUUUAUUUGCAAAUGGAGUUUUCUGUUGCCCGGGCAAAUUCAUGUCAUGUCUCCGGACCGAAGCCAAGAUGCAUCAUUUGUCUUGCAAUAAUGCAAACCACCAGCUCCCAACCAGAGAGCAAAGCCCAAUUGAUGUGGGUACUAGAAAGCAGUGAGCCAAAAAAUAUCCCAAUAGAAAAAACCCCAAGAGUUCAUAAUCCUACUCUUUUCUUGAUGUAUUGACUUUUAGCAACAGAUCAAUAGCUUUCUCUGGAUGCAUUUUAAUUAGCGUCCUAAAAUAUUUUAGCUGCAAGUAAGACUAAAUCAAAUCCAAGUACUGCUCAGAUGCAUGUGCUUGUUGGUGGGCAUGUGCAAGUUGAAGUUAAUUGCAUUUUAACCCUCACUAUGUCAAAAGAGUGUUCAGAUUUGAAACGGCCAAAUUUGAAAUGUCAUGUACAUCUGUUUAUUUUCCUUUGCUUGUUAAUUUAGGAUUUUAAAAAAAAAGGAGCUGGAACUCUUGGUAAUAUUAACAUUAAAUAUUUUGAAUGCCCCCAGGAUAUUAACGUUGCCCAAAAAAUAGUGUUGUUUGACUAUGGAUGGAUAUCUGUUCUGGUAUCUCUGUUUACCUGCUUGGGAUGGUUUUUCUGGCAAGCAGCCUGGUGGAAUUUGCAUUCCUGAGUGUGCUGCAUUGAGAUCACGUAUGCAUAGACCGAAAUGCCACUGGCCUGUUGAAAGGCCCAGAAAUGUGCAAUGGUUUCAAAAGCAGAUUCUGUGCAAAAGCACAGCUAAAAACCCUAAUUGUAAACUUGCUAUUGAUGUCCUUCAAGUUGUCUUCUUCUGGCUUGGCACUGCUUACUUGUUUUUAUCCAUAAUAUUUUAGCAUUUGACCUUUGCUUUUGCCCUUAGCAGCUCAUCAUCUUCAUUUUCCAUUUCUUUAGCGAUUUAGGUGUUCCUAACCUUUGUGUAGUGUGAAUUCUAUGACUGCGGUGUCAAGCCACCUGCCGUGGUGCCCAAGCUGGAUGAAGCGUCUGCUCAGGUGAAAUAAGGAGAGGGAUGACCAAACUGGGCAGGUGAAGUAUGGUGGCUCAACCUCUUCACCACGGUGUGAGUAGCCAAGCUGUGGUAGCACUGAUGCCCAUGGGAUCUCAUUUAUUUGCUUUCCUCUUGAGCUUCAUUGCCGUGGUGUUAGAGGGUCAGGACCAUCCUUGGCGCUGUAGAAGGCAGUUUGAACAGGGCAGACCAACAUGAACGCGUCGAUCUCACGGAAAGUCCCUGGCAAUAAAGGCAUGGUGGCACCUUUGAAAUGGGGCAGGAGCAGAGGAGUCCUUCAGGCUUUAGCAGAGAACCAUGUGGUUUCUUUAGAAGGAUGGGGUAUAAAACCUGGAGACUUUAAUCUGUGAAAGGUUACAAAAUGCUGCACUGUUUAUUGUACUUUGCGAUGGAGGGUAACUUUAAUGUUCCCACUGUGAUCAGGAAAUGUCUGAAAGCGCUGGGGAAUAUCCCCGAGAUACAAACUUUUUACCAGCUGAUGUGAACAGGAGGAGACAGCACUUGGCGUUUGAUAGGACUCGCAGAUGGAGCAGCGUGAGGGCAUGGGCACUCUGGUGGGAGUCCCUUGCUGCUCAACUGUUGGUGUGGGGUCUUGCCUGGUUUGGUGCAACCGUCUGCAAUGGAUGAUCCCAGGCAGGUCCCAAGCACAGCUUGGAGGUUAGUGAUGGGGGACACCAGCCUGGUUUUGGAGAGUAAUGGAGUUCAACCCUGUUGAUGUGACCUGUGUGGGUUGUCCUUGGGGGCUGAGAGCAGGCUCUGGCCCAUUUUGUCUGCUAACAGAGGUGUAGCCAUUGAGUUCAGGUGACACCUGUCAUGCCAGAGUGUACCUAAAGUUGUCUACUUUUUCAAGGCACUCUGCUAAAAUAGGCCAACCCUAACCUUGGACUUCCUUCCUCGGAUUAAAUAAGUGUAAAGCCUCUGGUGCUUAUUUAGUGAUCAGUGUCUGACGUUGUGUGUCAUCCUUGGGGUUUUUUUGUUUGUCUGGGGGUUUUGGUAGUAAAAAAAUCUGGCAUGUCGUUCUGUACGGAGCUGUCUCUUUGUCCUGCACCAAGAAACACGUCCUUUCUAUGCAACAGUCGCGUGGCGGCCCAAGGGCUGAUGCUGCCUUCAGCGGCGAAAGCUGGAUUCUGGCAUGGGGGCUUCUCUGGAGGUGGACAUGGAAUUGGCCAAGGGAGGCAUGGGGGAGGAAACUUGAGGGGAAAUGCCUUUAAACGCUCGUUGUGCCUAGGGUUAAGAUUCUUUGUCUUGCUGCCUGGCUGGCUAACCAAAGCUGUAUUGAAAUCAACUCAAAGUGCAUAUUUGCGUUCUUAUUCUUGCCGUAUUGUAAAAAUUGCCUACGGCUAGAAAUUUAGAGACAGAAAACAUUUGGGCCAUCCAAAAUGGGAAGGAAAAUGUAUUUUGAAGUGUUCUUUGCAGCUAGAAGCAAGGGUUGAAGUAACUGUGUAUUACAGAGGUUUUUUCCAAUACAACCAUUUUACUUGCCACUUUAAUUGACUUAAUUCCACAGCAACAGCUUCAAGAGAAACAGCGUAAAUAGCGAUGCUGUUGCAAAAAAAAAAACCAAAACCACCAUGUUUCAAAUCUGUCUAUAAAUACUUGAAGUGAUUUCUCCUAUGUUUUCUUCUUGAGUCAACUCCUUGAUUGUCUCCAUCGUGGUUUAGGCAAUCCUCAGACCAGGACAGUCUCCCCACUAAAUAAAGUGUGCUGGCACCAGUUCCUUGUGUGCUGCCCACUGGGGCGCCUGCCUGCGGGCCGGGCAGGGGGUACACCACGCUACUUCGGAGCCAAACACCAGCCCUGUGUGAAAAGGACAAGGGCUUAGCCCAGCUCUCCUGGCUCCUCUUUUUGACACACUGAAAUUGCAGCUUUCCCGCCUAUGAGCUAGAAGGUACGAAUGAAAUCCUAAUCAAAGUUGAGGGAUGGUCCGUUUUAUUCACGGUAUUGGGGAGGGCAGGGCAGUAGGGAAAUGCAGACCCCUCCUUGUUGAGACCUAGCAAUAAAUGACUCUUCAUUUGUUAUGUCUUAAACUCCUAAUAGUUUGGGAGUUGUUCAGACUUUACCAUUUCUGUGCGUAGUAACCAAAUUUCCAGCGUGAAAAAUCUGCAGAGUGAUUCUCUUGACUUGGACAAUCUUCUGAAUUAUAUUAAAAAUAUCUGUUAGUUCUUAGCUCUUUAGAUUCACUUUGGGUAGGUCAAAAAAGUAACACUUGGGAAAAAAAAAAAAAAAAAGAGAAAGCCCCAAAACUUUGGCUUAGUACAUUUCCGUUAUAAAACGAAGCAUGGGUUUUGUGGAAUUCUGUGCUGUUUUGGGCUUUUGUGUAAAAGGCUGAAGGCAGAUUAUUAUUUAAACCAGGUGCAAAUAAAUAUCCCUGUAAUGUAUAUGAACAAAUUUAAACCGCGUAUUGUAAGUAUAUAAACUGUAUAUUAAAGACACUAUUUUCAUGAUA